GGUCUAACACUAACAUACGAUCUCAUCGUCUUCGUAUGCCCUGCUUUCGACGGUAUUUCUCCGGUAUCGUUUCCCGAAUAAGUUAGGAGGGUAGAGAGAGGAAGACACGAAAAAAAGAAAAGAUAAAAAAAAAAGAAAAAACAAACAGACUUUUUUCAUCUCUGUGAGAGAGAAAAGGGAGGGAAGAGAGCAGAGGAGAUUACUGAGAGUUAUAGAGCUUCAUUUGCAGCCCUUUCAUGGCGUUUUUCAUUUACGUAUAUCCAUGAGUACGUCUUCCCGUAUUGUCGUGGAUUUACAGUUUAAUCUCCUGAAAUCUCUUACGGAUCCACUGCUCUAGCUCUUCGGUUUUCGUCGGUUUCGAGUUUGGUGUCUUCAUUGAGCCGGCGGAAGGAAUUGCAGUAUGAGCGUCGAUACCCACAGGGAAGGGGAGAAUUAGGGUUCUUGUCCGUAGUCCUUGGAUUUCCAUGGGUGAUGGCGGAGUCGCCUGCGUGCCUUCCCAGCAUGUUAUGGAAAGGUUUCCAAUUCCGGAUAUGUUCUGCGGGGGCAAUGGUGGUUUCAACUCCAAGUCUCUUCAGUUUGCAGAAUCACAAGUUCAGAGAGAGCAUGAGAAGAAAAUGAAAGUAGAGAAAGAAGAUUUCGGUUCAGUCAAAGGGCGAAAAAGAGGUGCAGAGAAGGGGGAAUUGGGUUUAGAGAGAGGGAAGAAAGGGGAAGUUGAGAAGGACGAGAUUCUGUCCAACUCGCUGCCAAAGAAGGAUGAAAUGGAGGAGGGAGAAUUGUGUUUAACGAAGGGCCCGAAAGCAGAAUUGGAGAACGGUGAGUUUGUUCCAGAUAAAUUGAAAAAAAGAGAAGCUGAGAAGGGAGAGUUAGUUCCUGAUAGAUGGAGGAAAGAGGAGGUAGAGAAAGGAGAGUUCAUUCCAGAAAAAUGGCCCAAGGGGAAAGUAGAGAAGGGAGAAUUUUGUGCAGGAAGACUGCGGAGAGAACUAGAGAAGGGAGAGUUCAAUUCAGUGAAGUGGAGAAAAAGUGAGGUAGAAAGGUCAGACUACAGUUCAGGGGAACCACGGAGAGGUGAACCGGAGAAAGUGGUGAAGGAUGGAUUUGGUUCCGUAAGAGAGCGAAAACGUGAGCAAGAUCAUACACCACCUUCUACAAGGUUUUCCGAUGAGGAUGCUUCUCAGAGAAAGGAUUUCACUAGAAUUGACAGUGAGCGUAGAAAAAGGUCUUCCAGGUGGGAUCAUGAGAGGGGCUCAAAGAUCAGUUCAAGAGUCAUAGACGAGGAACCAGGUUCCUACAAGCGCGAACACAGCGAUGGGAAGAACCACGGGAGAGAGUACGCCUCUGGAAGUUGGCUGAAACGGUAUAGUACAGAUUCCGACAGCAGCACGCGCAAAUACCAUGGGGAAUAUGUUGAUUAUUCAGGUUCUAGAAGCCGGAGGAUUACUGAUGACAGUAGCCGGUCUGGCUACUCGGAGAAGCAAUACUCACGCUGUUCGGUGGAGAGCUCGUUUAGGAAUUCUUCCUCUUCAUCAAGGGUCUCAUCAUCAAGCAGGUAUUCAUCUAGGCAUUAUGAUUCUUCUUUAUCUUCAAGAGGAGUGCAUGACAGACAUUGCCGGAGGCGAAGUCCAAGUUAUUCUGAGCGGUCCCCACAUGACCGGACCCGGCAUCAUGAUUAUAAGGAUCGAAGUCCUGUCCACAGUCAGAGGUCCCCACGUGAUCGGGCCCGUUACCAUGAGCUUAGGAACAAAAGCCCCACUCAUGCUGAGCGGUCUCCAUAUGACAGAUCAAGGCGCCAUGACCGCAGGGACCUGACCCCGGGUUACUUGGAACAGUCGCCUCUUCAUUGUGGUCGGACCCGUGAUCAUCGAGAAGUUAGUAGAAAGAGUGAUAGACGGCAUGAUCGGUAUGGAAGUACAGGGCACCAAGAAAAACUCGACCAGGUGGAUUCUGUCGGAGAUCCUCAUAGGCAUUCAAGUAGACAACCAGAAGACACCAGUUUGCAUGAUGGUGGUAGUUCUGUUGAGAAAAAUGUCAACGAUCAAUCUCACAAAGAAGAACAGUUGCAAAACCCAAGCACAGAGACCAAUGAACCUCCUCAGGUUGAUGGAGUUCCAGAUGAGCUUCUCUCCAUGGAAGAGGACAUGGAUAUAAGUGACACACCACCACAUGUUCCAGUCAUGGUUGAUUCAAACCAAGGAAAAUGGUUUUACCUCGACCAUCUUGGUAUUGAACAAGGUCCUUCUAAAUUGCGUGACCUUAAGAGGCUUGUUGAUGAAGGGGUUCUUCUAUCAGAUCAUUUAAUAAAGCAUUCGGAGAGUGAUAGGUGGGUAACAGUUGAAAAUGCUGCUUCUCCAUUGGUGUCUGUAAACUUCCCAUCAAUUGUUUCAGAUUCUAUAACUCAGCUAGUAAGCCCUCCUGAGGCUCCUGGGAACCUGUUGUCAGAUGCUGGCGAUGCUGCACAAUCUGUUAAUCAGUAUAGACAAGAACAAGCUACCAGCGGUUUAGUUGAACCUGAGCUCAUAGAAGAUCUCCGUAUUGAUGAAAGGGUUGGGGAGUUGCUAAGGGGUUACACUAUUAUUCCUGGGAAGGAACUCGAGAACAUUGGAGAAGUACUACAUGCAACCUUUGAGCACAUAGAAUGGGAGAAAUGGGGUAGCUAUGAAGGUUUCACAAGGUUCCGAUCUGGCACUGGGGAGGCGUAUGGACAUCAAAGAGAUGAGGACUCUGUGAGAUCCUUUGACAUUACAUCAAAAGAAGCUUUAGAAAUUAGGUUGCCUGCACUUCAUGACAAAGAUUAUGCUUUUGGUGGUGGUGAUUCUGUUGACUGGUUUUCUGGGCGGUGGUCCUGCAAGGGUGGUGAUUGGAAGAGGAAUGAUGAAGCUGCCCAGGAUAGAUCAUCAAAAAAGAAACUUGUCAUCAAUGAUGGUUACCCGCUUUGCCAGAUGCCAAAAUCUGGGUAUGAGGACCCUCAGUGGCAUAGGAAGGAUGAGUUAUACUAUCAUUCGCACAGUAGAAGACUUGAUUUACCCCCGUGGGCCUUCUCUUUCUUUGAUGAUAGGAAUGAUUUCAAUGGAAUAAGCAAGCUAAGCCAAGCCAAACCACUGGCUGCUAGGGGAGCAAAGGGUAUUAUGCUACCAGUUGUCAGGAUAAAUGCUUGUGUUGUCAAGGACCAUGGUUCAUUUAUCUCUGAACCUUGCAUAAGAGUUAGAGGAAAUGAUCGUCAUUCAAGAUCCAUACGUUCUUUUGCUGGAAGUAGUGACAACAAGAAUUCAUUAUCAGAAGGUGCUCCUGGAUCCAAAAAGAAUAUUGAACAGGAUUUGCUGGGUUUACAGAAGUGUAUAACACCCAUUAGCACUCAAAAAGAUCACGUUUGCACAAUAGAUGAACUACAAUUGCAUUUGGGUGAUUGGUACUACCUUGAUGGUGCUGGCCAUGAAUAUGGACCAUCGUCAUUCUCAGAGUUGCAAGCUUUGGUUGAUAAAGGUAAUAUCCAGAACUAUACCAGUGUUUUCAGGAAAGUUGAUAAAAUUUGGGUUCCGGUUACCUCUACUGCACUAGCAUCCAAUGCUGCUAGCCAUGCCCAAGAAGAAAAAGGAGCAGAUAAUGAUUCAUCUGGAGUUCACCUUUCUCAAUCAGAGGUUGCUGCAGAAGUUGUGGGCAAUGUUGCUUUAAGUUCGUUUCACAGUUUGCACCCACAAUUUAUUGGUUUUGCUCGUGGGAAGCUACAUGAGUUGGUCAUGAAGUCUUACAAGAGCCGGGAGUUUGCUGCUGCUAUAAAUGAGGUCUUGGAUCCAUGGAUCACUGCUAAACAGCCAAAGAAGGAAUUGGAAAGGCUCCCCUUGAAUUUAGCAACUGCAAAAAGUUCUUUCUCAUCCCGAAGAUCAGAGGAUGAUGGUAAAAAUAGUGUUAGUGCUUGUAAAAGAGCUCGGUUGCUGGUUGAUGAAAAUGAAACAGACUCUGAAAUGGAAGCAGAUUUCCAGACAUUCCAGAGAGGUGACUGCUCAUUUGAGGAAUUAUGUGGUGAAACUAAUUUUGACCAAGAAAAUGCUACAAGUCCUGAGGCUAUGAGGGAGAACUGGGGUCUGCUUAAUGGAUGCAUCCUUGCUCGGGUUUUCCAUAUUCUGAGAGCUGAUAUGAAGUCCCUUGCAUUCGCUGCUGCUACUUGUAAGCACUGGAAUACUGUAGUCAGGCUUUACAAAGGUGCUUCCAAGGAGGUUAACUUGUCAUUUGCAGGCCCCAACUGCACUGAUUCCAUGUUCCAGAACAUUAUGAAUGGUUAUAGCAAAGAAAAGAUAGUAUCUAUUACUUUAACUGGUUGCACAAAUAUUAGUGCUGGGACACUUGAAGAAGUUAUUCAUUUCUUCCCUUGUAUAUCUUCUAUAGAUAUUCAGGGUUGCAACCAGUUUAGAGAGUUGUCACAAAAGUUUCAGAAUGUGUGUUGGAAGAAAACCCGUACUCAUGACACUAAGAUUUCUGAAGAAUCGUAUUCAAAAAUGAGGAGCCUUAGACAAAUAGCUGAGAGAAGUUCCUCAGUUUCCAAAGCUUUGAAGGUCUCAAGGACUCACUUUGAUGAUUCCAGUGAGCCUGGAGGUUCUCUUGAUUAUAGCUCUACUUGGUAUAAGAUAGACUCAGCAAGUCAAUCACUCCAGCAGAGCUCUUACAGACGUGCUAAGUUACUUGAUGCUAGAAAGUCAUCAGCCCUUCUAUCAAGGGAUGCUCAUAUGAGGCGGUUGCUCGGUAAGAAAUGUGAAAAUGGGUAUAAGAGGAUGGAGGAAUUUCUUACUGUCAGUCUGAAGGACAUCAUGAAGGAGAAUACCUUUGAUUUCUUUGUGCCUAAGGUUGCAGAAAUCGAAGAUAGGAUGAAGAAUGGUUAUUAUAUAGGUCAUGGCUUGAGCUCUGUCAAGGAAGAUAUCAGUCGCAUGUGCCGGGAUGCUAUAAAAGCAAAGGCUCGAGGAGAUGCUGGAGACAUGAAUCACAUUAUUAUGCUAUUUAUCCAACUCAUCACCAGUUUGGAAGAUUAUUCCAAGUCAUCCCGUGGAAGAGAUGAAAUCAUGAGGACACUGAAGGAUGGGUCAACUUCAGGAUUUUGCUCAGCAACCUCCAAGUAUAAAAAGAAACAGAACAAAAUUGUGAACGAUAGGAAAUACAUGAAUAGGAAUAGCAGCUUAUCCUAUGUCAAUGGUGGUACAGAUAAUGGAUAUUUUGCAACUGAUCGUGAAAUUAAAAGGCAGUUAUUCAAAUUGAAUAGGCGAUCUCUAGAUUCUGAAAAUGAGACUUCUGAUGAGCCUGACCGGUCUUCUGAUGGUGCUAUAAGUGAUGAUGAGAGUACUGCUUCUGAUACAUACAGUGACUUGGAUUUCCAAUCAGAGGGUGCAACUGGAGAUUUAAGAGGAUAUGGAUACUUUCCAGCUGAUGAAACCUUUGACUCAAUGAGUGAAGAUCGUGAAUGGGGUGCUCGCAUGACGAAAGCAAGCCUUGUUCCUCCUGUUACUCGGAAGUAUGAAGUCAUUGAUCAAUAUGCUAUUGUAGCAGAUGAGGAGGAAGUGAAACGGAAGAUGCAGGUUUCUUUACCUGAAGAUUAUGCUGAGAAACUUAGUGCACAAAAGAAAGGAACAGAAGAAUCAGAUAUGGAAAUACCUGAAGUAAAGGACUACAAACCUAGAAAACAGCUUGGUACUGAGGUCCUGGAACAGGAAGUCUAUGGCAUAGAUCCUUAUACUCACAAUCUUCUCCUUGAUUCCAUGCCAGAAGAAUUGGAUUGGCCACUCCAGGAGAAGCAUUUAUUUAUUGAAGAUGUGCUCCUGCACACUCUUAAUAAACAAGUUAGGUUCUUUACUGGCAUUGGAAAUACACCUAUGGUGUAUCCUUUGAAGGAUGUUCUUGAAGAGGUAAGGAUCAAUGCUCAACAAGGAGGUGAUACACGCAUUUCAAAAAUGUGUCAAGGAAUCUUGAAGGCCAUAGAAAGUCGACCAGAAGACAAUUAUGUCGCAUACAGAAAGGGGCUUGGAGUUGUUUGCAACAAAGAGGAAGGUUUUGUUGAAGAUGAUUUUGUUGUAGAGUUUCUGGGUGAGGUUUAUCCAGCUUGGAAAUGGUUCGAGAAGCAAGAUGGGGUUAGAUCCUUGCAAAAAAACAAUAAAGAUCCAGCUCCAGAGUUUUAUAACAUUUAUCUUGAGAGGCCAAAGGGUGAUCGUGACGGGUAUGAUUUAGUUGUCGUUGAUGCCAUGCACAAGGCAAACUAUGCAAGCCGGAUUUGUCACUCAUGCCGACCUAAUUGUGAAGCAAAGGUUACUGCUGUGAAUGGUCAGUACCAGAUUGGGAUUUAUACUCUAAGGCCUAUUGCAUAUGGCGAGGAAAUCACAUUUGAUUAUAACUCUGUAACAGAGAGCAAGGAGGAGUAUGAAGCAUCAGUUUGUUUGUGUGGCAGCCAAGUAUGCAGGGGAAGCUAUCUAAAUCUUACCGGUGAAGGGGCUUUUCAAAAGGUACUUAAGGAGUGCCAUGGGAUGCUAGACCGACACCGUUUGAUGCUAGAAGCUUGUGAGUUAAAUUCUGUAUCUGAUGAUGAUUAUAUUGAGUUGGGAAGAGCUGGUUUAGGAACUUGCUUACUUGCUGGGUUACCUGAUUGGCUCAUUGCAUAUUCAGCUCGUCUGGUGAGGUUUAUAAAGCUUGAAAGAACAAAGCUUCCUGAGGAGAUUCUAAGGCAUAAUUUGGAAGAGAAAAGGAAAAUUUUCUUAGAUAUUUGUGAAGAUGUCGAGAAAAGUGAAGCUGAGAUUCAGGCUGAGGGUGUUUAUAACCAAAGGCUUCAGAAUUUGGCACUUACUCUUGACAAGGUGAGGUAUGUAAUGAAAUGUGUAUUUGGUGACCCAAAGAAAGCUCCACCUCCACUAGAAAAGCUUAGGCCUGAAGCUGUAGUUUCGGUUCUCUGGAAAGGGGAGGGAUCACUUGUUGAAGAAUUACUGCAGUGCAUGGCUCCUCAUAUGGAAGAGGGACUACUAAAUGAUUUCAAGGCAAAGAUUCGGGUCCACGAUCCAUCUGGAUCUGAAGAUCUUCAGGGAGAAAUUCGGAGAUCUUUAUUAUGGCUGAGGGAUGAGGUUCGGAAUCUUCCAUGUACAUACAAGUGUCGGCAUGAUGCAGCUGCUGACUUGAUCCAUAUUUAUGCCUAUACAAAAUGUUUUUUUAGAGUUCGGGCAUACACAACUGUAACUUCUCCACCUGUAUACAUUAGUCCUCUUGACUUGGGCCCCAAAUAUACUGAUAAGUUGGGGUCAGGCUUCCAGGAGUAUUGCAAGACAUAUGGUGAAAACUAUUGUUUGGGGCAGUUGAUUUAUUGGCAUAACCAAACUAAUGCUGAGCCAGAUUGCAGCCUUGGAAGAGCAAGAAGAGGUUGUUUGUUGUUACCUGAUAUUGCAUCCUUCUAUGCCAAGGUUCAGAACCCAUCACGUCAACGUGUCUAUGGCCGUAGAACCCUCAAAUUUAUGGUUGCAAGAAUGGAGAAACAGCCUCAGAGACCAUGGCCGAAAGACCGCAUAUGGUCUUUUAAGAGCACCCCACGAGUUUUUGGAAGUCCUAUGCUAGAUGCAGUUCUUAAUAAGUCUCCACUGGACAAGGAAAUGGUACAUUGGCUGAAGACCAGAUCACCAGUUUUCCACGCCACGUGGGACGAGUGAGCCAAUAGGUUUAUGGGUAGCAGUGGGAUUGUUUACCGACCUAUUUUGGUUUUGGAAUGAUUAUUCUGUUUUAUUUCAUAGCUACCCCAUAAAAAUGGGAGCUGGUAAUCAUUUCAAAACAUGUCCCUAUUGUGCAUCUCACACACCACCCAUUCCUCUGUACAGUUAAUUUCUGCUUUGUAAUUUGUAUUCAUUAUUUCAGUGGUAAAGCAUUGGUUUCUUUUCCUUGUUUAAGUAAAAUGUGAAAAAAAAGAAAAGGAAAAUAUUUGAUUUUUAGGCUGCGUUUGGAAAGAGUGUAAAUACCGGUUCAAUGCAUUAUUGCAUCCCGGUUCAUAAUUGCAUACGUUUGGAGUCCUCGUAAAAACACCCUUAAGAUCGAUGUAAAAUUGCAAAUAUGUCAGGAUUUACAUCGAUCUUGGGGUGAAAAACUUCAGUUUUUUCGAAGUAAAACUUUACGCCCUUCCUUCAUCGAGGGAAAUAGGCGAGGAGUUUACCCUCAUCCACCACCAGCACGAUGCAGUCGAGUAAUGGCGACUUCCGAGUCAAGUUUACCCUCAUCUGAGCGUCUGUUUGAGUGUUCGAGGCUCUAGAUAUUUUCCUAUUCAAGUCGUUGGCGACUUCUACAUUCGAUCUGAGUGUUUGUGUAUGUAAAUCUGCAUCAAUAGCCAAGGAAUAGACGCUGAUGCUGAUCUGCGUCGAUUUGAGUUUACCCUCUCCAGUCCACUCAUUCUAAUGCUGAUCUGCAACUCUCUCUCCGACAGGCGACAUUUUUCUCUCCAGUGGCUCUCUCUUUCCAAUGGCUCUCUCUCUUCUGCGAACUGUGAUCAAUCAUCCAAAGACAAUCAUUGUAAUAAGUAAUAUACAACUUAUUGUUCUUACGGAUUAGAUCUGUUAACGAGUUAAUUUUUCAUCGCAUAUA